AUGGAAAAAGGGCGAGGUCCUGGAAAUCGACUGACGCAGACUGAUCGAUUGUUAGAGAAAAUCCUCGGCUACAACAUGCUGGAAGCUGAUUUGUUACUGUUCAUAUUAUUAUUAUUAUUAUUAUUAUUAUUAUUAUUAUUAUUAUUAUUAUUAUUAUUAUUAUUAUUAUUAUUAUUAUUAUUAUUAUUAUUAUUAUUAUUAUUAUUAUUAUUAUUAUUAUUAUUAUUAUUAUUAUUAUUACUAUUAUUAUUAUUCACUCCUGCUUUGCUGCGUAGAGGAAGAGAUACAUUUUUGAAAGUAAACUGA